GAGGCAGCUCGGCUUUGGGAGGUGACAACAUCCCUGCUGCACACACACGGGGGGGAGAGAGAGAGGAGAGGAGAGGAGAGAAACCAAGGAGACGGCAGAAAAAAAGUUUUUGAGAGGAAGAAAAGCAUUCUUGCCUUUCACUUUCAGGCAGGAGGAGACAAAAGGAGCAGCGUGGUUCACUUGCAACUGGAGCAGAAAGACGUGACGGACACUUUCAUCACUCUGUGGCAACCAUAUCUACCAUAGCAGCGAUAUCAACGAUAUCAGCGAUAUCGACAUCCAGCAGAAGACAGGGAAAGUCUGAGGAGCGACCAUGAAGUUUGCCUGCUUGAUGCUCGCACUCGGUCUUACAUAUCACACCGAGGUAGGAGGAUCUCUGCUGACCACACAUGUCAACUCCACAAAUCAACCAGUGGGAGCCAAAAGCACUGCAGCACUUCCAAGUGCCCGGCACACCAUGACACCCAACUCACUAGUCACCAUUCCUAGCGUCACUAAAACCACCACUGACAAGGCAGCACAAGCCACCAAGAUACCACUUGCCGCCUCAAUGGUAGCUGACCCUACCGCCUCAGUGGUAGAAGACCCUGGCACCGCAGGACCGACAGGCGCUGGCGCCGCAGGACCGGCAGUACCUGGUGCCACAAGACCGGCAGACCCUGCCGCCGCAGGACCGGCAAUACCUGGCGCCACAAGACCGGCAGACCCUGCCGCCAUAGGACCGGCAGACCCUGCCGCAAUAGGACCGGCAGACCCUGCCGCCAUAGGACCGGCAGACCCUGCCGCAAUAGGACCGGCAGACCCUGCCGCCAUAGGACCGGCAGACCCUGCCGCCAUAGGACCGGCAGACCCUGCCGCCGUAGGACCGGCAGACCCUGCCGCCAUAGGAACGGCAGACCCAGCAACUGUAGGACCGGCAGUCCCUAGCGCCGCAGGACCGGCAGACCCUGGCACCACAGGACCCGCAGACCCUGCAACUGUAGGACCGGCAGUCGCUAGCGCCGCAGGACCGGCAGACCCUGGCACCACAGGACCCGCAGACCUUUCCGCCACAGGAACAGCAGACCCUGGCGUCACAGUACCGGCAACCGCGGUUGCCAUUCAAGCAGAUCCGACAAGCAACACAAAGGAUCCUCAAAGCUCUCUUGUGCCACCUACUGGUGCCCCAACCUCCGGCCCAGCAAAAUUCCACGGCCGAGUGGCAGGAUCUUCAUACUUGGCCACAACACCACAAGGUUCUCCAGUGACUACUAGAACCCUAGCUCGCCACACUACGGCCACGUUGCAAGCACACGCCCACACAGAGGAAAGCACUACAAGCCUGAGACAGACAACAGAAACAAGGACCUUGCGGCCAGCGGAGAGGACGGGGCCCCCCAUUGGGACGCCCACUGGGGCCCCAGUGCCAACAACAGCUUCUGCAGUGGAAGCCUUCAACUCCAACUCCAACUCCAACUCCAAGCCUCAGAAGUACUGGUACUCUCUCAACAAUGGGCACCAGGAGGAGGAAGACAAGGACUUGAUGGAGGUGUGCAGGCGCCUGAUGGCUCAUCUGAAGGAAGGAAACUGCACGCUGACAUGGCGCCACCACCAGGGCAAACUGAUCUUUGACUGCGUGGAGAUCAACGGCAAAGUGAAGACUGCGCUGGCGACUCAGUACUAUGAAGACAUCAGCAAGAAAGCCACGGACAACAAGACGCUGAUCGCCAUCUUGGCGUCCUGUGGCGCUCUGCUCAUCAUGAUCAUAAUCCUGGCCGUUUGUGCCUCCCACCACCGCAAACCCUACUCCCCCCAACAGCAACACCUGACGGAGGAGCUUCCCACGAUGGAAAACGGUUACCACGACAACCCCACGCUGGAGGUGAUGGAAGUGCAGCCGGAGAUGCAGGAGAAGAAGGUGGCUAUGAACGGCGACUUUGGCGACAGCUGGAUUGUGCCCAUGGACAAUCUGCUGAAGGAGGACCUGCCUGACGAGGAAGACACGCACCUGUGAGAGGGAGGAGCCACCUGGCACACCUGUGGAAGCGUGUGGAGGAGGACACACAUUUACCCUGAACAUUGAGUGACUCCUUUCUUCACGCCAUCAUAUUUCAUCCUGUACGCCCAACUAUCAAAGAUGGCCUCUUGAAAUGAACACUGUCAAUAUUUGGGAAUAGCAUAGUUCCCUUCAACCAUCCACAGUAUACCGUACCUGUCCCAGGUGUAUUGGACUGGUGAUAUGUCAUACAUGUACACACACUGUAUAUAUAAACUUAAAGUACCCGUGAAUGUCACACACACACGCACACUAGUGCUGUAUGUGAUGCAUGUACAAACCCGUUUCCAUAUGAGUUGGGAGAUUGUGUUAGAUGUUAAUAUAAACGAAAUAUAAUGGUUUGCGAUUCAUUUUCAACCCAUAUUCAGUUGAAUAUGCUACAAAGACAACAUAUUUGAUGUUCAAACUGUGUGCAAAUAAUCAUUAACUUUAGAAUUUGAUGCCAGCUACACGUGACAAAGAAGUUGGGAAAGGUGGCGAUAAAUACUGAUAAAGUUGAGGAAUGCUCACCAAGCACUUAUAUGGAACAUCCCACAGGUGUGCAGGCUAAUUGGGAGCAGGUGGGUGCCAUGAUUGGGUAUAAAAGCAGCUUCCAUGAAAUGCUCAAUAAUUCACAAACAAGGAUGGGGCGAGGGUCACCACUUUGUAAGCAAAUUGUCGAACAGUUUUAGAACAUUUCUCAACGAGCUAUUGCAAGGAAUUUAGGGAUUUUACCAUCUACGGUCCGUAAAAUCAUCAAUAAGUUUAGAGAAUCUGGAGAAAUCACUGCAUGUAAGCGAUGAUAUUACGGACUUUUGAUCCCUCAGGCGGUACUGCAUCAAAAACCGACAUCAGUGUGUAAAGGAUAUCAUCACAUGAGCUCAGGAACACUUCAUAAAACCACUGUCAGUAACUACAGUUGGUCGCUACAUCUGUAAGUGCAAGUAAAACUCUACUAUGCAAAGCAAAACCCAUUUAUCAACAAUAUCCUGAAACACUGCUGGUUUGGCUGGGCCCGAGCUCAACCUUAGAUGGACUGAUGCAAAGUGGAAAGGUGUUCUGUGGUCUGACGAGUCCACAUUUUAAAUUAUAUUUGGAAACAGAGGACGUGGUGUCCUCCAGAACAAAGAGGAAAAUAACCAUUCGGAUUUUUAUAGGCGCAAAGUCCAAAUGCCAGCAUCUGUGAUGGUAUGGGGGUGUAUUAGUGCCCAAGGCAUGGGUAACUUACACAUCUGUGAAGGCACCAUUAAUGCUGAAAGGUACAUACAGGUUUUGGAGCAACACAUGUUGUCAUUCAAGCAACGUUAUCAUGGACGCCUCUGCUUAUUUCAGCGUGGCUUUGUAAAAAAAAAAGAGUGCGGGUACUUUCCUGGCCCGCCUGCAGUCCAGACCUGUCUCCCAUCGAAAAUGUGUGGCGUAUUAUGAAGCGUAAAAUACGACAGCGGAGAGCCCGGACUGUUAAACGACUGAAGCUCUACAUGAAACAAGUAUGGGAAAGAAUUCCACUUUCAAAGCUUCAACAAUUAGUUUCCUCAGUUCCCAAACGUUUAUUGAGUGUUGUUAAAAGAAAAGGUGAUGUAACACAGUGGUGAACAUGCCCUUUCCCAACUACUUUGGCACGUGUUGCAGCCAUGACAUUCUAAGUUAAUUAUUAUUUGCACAAAAAAAAAUAAAGUUUAUGAGUUUGAACAUCAAAUAUAUUAUCUUUGUAGAGCAUUCAAUUGAAUAUGGGUUGAAAAGUAUUUGCAAAUCCUUGUAUUCCGUUUAUAUUUACAUCCAACACAAUUUACCAACUCACGUGGAAACGGGGUUUGUACACACUGUAUAUAUGCUGUAUGUGAUGCAUGUUCACACACUGUAUAUAUGCUGUAUGUACAUGUACACACACUGUAUAUAUGCUGUAUGUGAUGCAUGUACACACACACUGUAUAUGAUGCAUGUACAUACUGUAUACAUGCUGUAUGUGAUGCAUGUACACACAGACUGUAUAUGAUGCAUGUACAUACUGUAUACAUGCUGUAUGUGAUGCAAGUACACACACUGUAUAUAUGCUGUAUGUACAUGUACACACACUGUAUAUAUGCUGUAUGUGACACAUGUACACACACUGUAUGUGAUGCAUGUACACACACUGUAUAUAUGCUGUAUGUGAUGCAUGUACAUACUGUAUACAUGCUUUAUGUGAUGCAUGUACACACACUGUAUAUAUGCUGUAUGUGAUGCAUCUACACACACUGUAUAUAUGCUGUAUGUGAUGCAUGUACACACACUGUAUAUAUGCUGUAUGUACUGUACUGCAUGUACACACAAUGUAUAUAUGCUGUAUGUGAUGCAUGCACACACACACACUGUAUGUGAUGCAUGUACACACACACACACUGUAUUUAUGGCUGGUUUGCUUGUACAAGCGAACAACAGGGGUCUGACACACUGGAAGCUCACACACCUUUUGCAAAUAAAAUGUAUUUUUGUCACCAA